AUUUCGCUAACGUAGACGAAAAUGAAAGGCUAGCAGUGUGGUCGAUGAUAAAGUGUUGCGGGAGAAAAUCGAGUGAGAGAUAUUUUUUUUUUUUUCUUCCGUCGUGCCUCUCACGCUACGUUAGGAUCUUAUAUAGGGAGAUAGAUUAGAAGUAUAGACAUGUCACGAUAUAUGUUUUUAAAGUGAUCAUAUAAAUUUUGUGAGAAAUUUCUCGUCGGCUUAGCUGAAGAUGAUGUCCACGACGAAGUUUUGAGUCUCGUCGUACGAUAUGCAGUCCAUUUAUUGGACCGGGAGGCUGUUGUCUCGAGCGAUAUGGAAUAGCAUAUCAAAUUAUUCAGCAUGCGCGGAUCCUAACGUGAACAAGCGUCGGGAAGCAUCUUUUGUAUCGGCAGUGUGUGGCUUCCCUAAGGAUUUUGCACGAGGCCGUAUACGAAAGGGACAAUUUGGAGAUGACGCUUGGUUUAGUGCCAAAUUCAAGGCUGUCGAAGUAAUUGGUGUAGCCGAUGGUGUAGGAGGAUGGCGACACUAUGGAAUAGAUCCAGGCGAAUUUUCCAGUUUUUUAAUGAGAACAUGCGAAAGGCUAGUCUCGAUAGGCAGGUUCAUCCCUUCAGAACCAGCUGGUUUAUUAGCGCGUAGUUACUAUGAAUUGUUAGAAAAUAAACAACCAAUCUUAGGUAGCAGUACUGCAUGCGUAAUAAUUCUGAAUAAGGAAACUAGCAGCAUUUAUGCAGCAAAUAUAGGAGAUAGUGGUUUUGUAGUUGUGAGAAAAGGUGAAGUUGUUCACCGUUCUAAUGAGCAACAACACUACUUCAAUACUCCAUUUCAGUUAUCUCUGCCACCACCAGGUCAUUCCGGAUUAGUACUAAGUGACAGUCCAGAAUCUGCAGAUACUUCUAGUUUUGGAGUAGAGGAUGGAGAUGUAAUCCUUUUAGCAACCGACGGUGUAUUUGAUAACGUGCCUGAUCAGUUGCUAGUCACUGAAAUGCGUAAAAUCGAAGGUGAAAGGGACCCUACAAAGAUACAAGGUGUUGCUAAUUCGAUAGCUUGGAUGGCUCGUAGUUUAGCCUUCGAUGGAGCAUUUAUGUCACCCUUUGCCCAAAGUGCAAGAGAAAAUGGAAUCGACGCGAUAGGUGGUAAACCUGACGAUAUCACGGUGCUUUUAGCAACGGUGGCAAUCUGAUAUGAAAAUGUGUAUGAUAGAAAACGUUAAUCAUUGUAUUAUAGUCCAUAUCAUUGCAUAUAUGUAUCUAGUGAUACAUUAUUAUAUUCCAUUAUGAUGAUCAUCUAUUAUUUAAAUUUAAAUAAAUGGUUUUAUAAAUCACCUCUCAUAUAUUACAAUAUUAGUAUCUUAUAUCGUUAUAAGAAAUAUUAGAAUGGAAUUUGAGUUACAUUUUAAAUUUAAUACCUUUUAUUAAAUUAUUUUUAAAGUAGAAACAUAAGGAAAGUAUAUGAAACAGUUACGAAGAAAUAAAAAAAAAUAAAAAAAAAUAAAAAAAAAAAAAAAAAAAA